UGCAUCUUCUUGUGGUUGCUAAUCAAACGGGUCACUCCAUAUUCUUCCCCCUACAAGAUAUAUUCCCUCUCAACUGGCUCAACUCCACACAUCUUCCUUUUCCUUCCUUCUUAUAAGGAGCAGCCCUCCUACCAUCUUCCUUCAAGCCGUUCAAUUACAUUCUUUUUCUUUAGCAUUUUGAGAGAUUCCUUUUUCACCAAAUGGCAUCAAAUUCUCUGACUUCUUCAUCCUGGACGACGAAGCAGAACAAGAUGUUCGAGAAGGCAUUAGCUCUAUUCGACAAGGACACUCCCGACAGGUGGCAGAAGAUCGCCAAGGCCGUGGGCGGGAAAUCCGCAGAGGAAGUGAAGAGACACUACGAAAUUUUAAUCGAGGACCUCAAGCACAUCGAGUCCGGCAGAGUCCCUUUUCCUAAUUACAGGUCGAGCAACAAUAGCGGCUGAAGGUAAGCAUACUAUUCUCGUGGGGGCCAUAAGAUGGACCAGUAGAGAAGAAACUUGGGAAUCUGAAAGCCCACAAGUUGCAAUCUUGACUGGUCCUCCCUCAAAUUUGCUUCUCUCUUAUCAUUUGGCCUUUGUCCCAUUUGCCAACUAUUCAAGAUAGCAACACAUUAUAUCACAUGUAAAAGGCAAUGCCUGAACCAGUGUAUGACCACAUUGCAGAUGCAACCCUCCUUAUCCUGUCUCAUCCAAAAGAAGAAAAGAAAAUAUUCCCACAUGAGAUCUGAAUCAUGUGAUCCUCCUGUUUCUGUGGAUAAUGUUUAAUGGUCCUAUGCUUACCAGUGCAAAGAACCUUUUUUUGGUGCAAAGAACUUGUGUGUGAGGACAAUA